CCGCGAGUGUCCCAGUUCCGGCUAGUGCAGUUACCUGUGCCGUAGUGUAUUUCUAGGACAAAGUGUUGAAACUUACAGUUAAUGUAGUGUACUGAAAGUUUAUCUAGAUAGUUAUCAAUUGAAACGCGCUUUCGAAGAUUUGGAAGAAAGUUUAAAAUUUGUUCGGCGGUGAUCGCACACACCACGUAUACCUUGUUUCUGGAAAAUAGUGAAGAAAACUCCUCCUCGUCGCCGCUGCCUGGUCUCCUGCGUUGCCUCGCAGCCAACGCAGUUGGAAUAUAUGGGGAGGAAAAUUUGCCACCAUCCGUUCUGUGUAGUGGUAAUAUUGAAUGGAGCGCGUGUAAAUGUAUUUACAUAGUUGAAACAUUUCACCGUCGCUCUCCCUCUCUGCUUAUAUACGAUCCGGUGAGCCGGUGAGUGUCCGGACGACGACGUCAAUAUUAUCCUUGGACUUCUGGCAAAGCGAACGAACCAUCAAAGCGUUACUUUUUGUGGCUGAUAUUGUCGCGGCAGGGCAAGAUUUUCAAGGGUUCAAGUGCACCGGAAGGCAGCUCGUAUACCAUCCCAGGAGGCGCCAUAUCUCUAGCAUAGUCCGGUGCGAGUGGAUGCACCUCUUCCUCGGCGGAGCCUGCCAGUAAGAGAGCACUUCCGACGCGGAAACUGCCCGCCGGAAGAGGAUGGUGAAAGCAAGUUUUUGCUGUUCAUCGUAAUAACCACUUUCCGACGUCUGGGCAAUGACGUCACAGGCCGUCUACUGUCUCAGCCUUCAGAUACGACCCCCAGCGGAAGAAGGAAACAAUGCCGUGUCCACGUCGUCCGGUCUGGCGGUCAGCGCCAACGAGCUCAGCAAAAUGGUUACCACUACCACGCCGGUCACCGCACCCGGAGGAGCCAUCAUUACGGGUUUGGAUAGCAAAAGUGUCACCAUCACGGAAGCGGCCUCCCGCCAGUUUCAGUCGCAAAUCCAGCUUCAGCAGGUACAGGCAGCGGCCGCCCAGGUUCAGGCCCAGGCUGCGGCCACCGUUCAGCCGCAGCACAGUAACAUCAUUCUGGUGCGUGGAUCACGGUCGGAAAAUGGACAAAUCAUUCUGCAAAACACCCACGAACUGCUCAGCCUGUUGAACGACGAGGACAAGCCCAUCCUGCUGCAGCAUCAGCGGUUGAAGACGAAAACCGCGCCGGAAGUGGCUUCCACUGCAGGCAAUACGAUUUUGUUUCAACCGGCAAUCAAAAGCAGUACCGUCGAUGGGACAAUCCUGCUGCAAUCGGAUGGCAUUAAGAAAACGGCCAUCACCUCGGAGGGUGCCCCAAUCUUCCUCCAGCAGCGGCUUAAUAAAAACGGGUCCACCGAAGGACCGAUACUACUUCGUACGCUUAAACGCAUAGAUAAAUCGCAAUCUAUUUUGGUAAUUCGUAACGCUACAACUACUGCUUCAGUCGCUAAUGCUUCCAGUACUUCUUCCGCUUCCGUCGUUGCAAAUGCCACCACUGCCGGCGUUACCGUCAAUGCAGCGACAUUGGCCAGCUCGUCUAAUGCUACUAUCGUUAAGGCAAAACCUCUGCAGGUACAGAGUCAGUCCACGGUGGGCAACAUUGGCUCCGGAACAAAUACCGCCACCGUUUCCGGUGCCUCCGCAAGGGAGGAAGCCGAUGGCAAGAAAGAAUCGGCUACCGGUGCCACGGUAGCAAAAGUCGUUCAGAAGCCGAUCAAUCUACCGCUCGGAGCAGAUGGUGAACCGAUCAAGCUUCCGGAAAAUUUAGAAAGUUUACCACGGGCUGACCAUUUCCCAAACCAGCGACAUCGGUGGAAUACUAAUGAGGAAAUUGCCGCCAUUCUCAUCAGUUUUGAUAAACAUUCCGAGUGGCAGUCGAAGGAAGUAAAAACCAGACCGAAAAGUGGUUCUAUGCUGCUGUACUCUCGGAAAAAGGUUCGCUACCGACGCGAUGGCUACUGUUGGAAGAAACGCAAGGACGGCAAAACAACCCGCGAAGAUCAUAUGAAACUGAAAGUGCAGGGAACUGAGUGCAUCUACGGCUGCUAUGUCCACUCGGCGAUCCUGCCCACGUUUCACCGGCGCUGCUACUGGCUGCUGCAGAAUCCGGACAUUGUUCUGGUGCACUACCUGAACGUUCCGUACCCCGAUGAUACCAAGAUGGCGGUCAUUACGCCCAACCUGGCGCUCUGGGGCGAUAAAAAGGAGUGGACCAAAGAGGAACUAGUCAGCCAGCUGAAGCCAAUGUUUUUUCCGGCAGUUUUCAGCGAAGACGAACCGGACGCGACGAAUGAGAUCGAAAUUUCCACUGCUGAAACGGUUGAAGCCAUUGUCAGCCAGCUGAUGGAGAAGCAACGGAUGGCUCGGCAGUCGGCGCUGGUCAAGCAGCUCGAGUGUGGCUGCCCGGAUGCUAACUGCGUCGAUGGGAAGAGCUGCUCUCAUCCGAUGAGGCGAAUCAGUGCAGCCAAAAGUGAUAUGGGCAAGCGCGGGGAUAGUGGUCACCUGAGCGGAACCGCACCGAAUGUGCUGAUCGGAUCGAGGAUGUACCCCCGCUGGAUCGACAACCGGAGAGCCCGAGAGCAACAGCAGCAGCAGCAGCACCAGCAAACCCACAGCAGCCUCCUGGAUGCUAGCCGGUCCGUCACUCCGAAGGACACAUCGAUACAUUUCCAAGUCAUUCCUACCUCUCAGCAACCGAACCACUCCAACAAUCCAAAUUCAAUUAGAGCAAUUGCCGGCAAUCAUCAUCACCAUCAGCAGCAACAGCAGCAGCAGCAUCAGAACUCUUCGACUGUAGUGGUCAGCAGUAGUAGUAAUUUAACUCUUACCCAGCAUCUCAACUCUUUGAACACCAGUAACAGCAGCAGCAAUAGCAAUAACAAUAAUUCACAAUUAACAAGUGUCAGUAGUCAUAUUACAAACGGACUAUCCAAUGCUCAUUUGGCAGCCGCGGCCGCCCAGCAUCACCAGCAGCAGCAGCAUCGAAGUCAUAUGAUCAUCACCAGCAAUAAUUCGUCCUCGGCCUCGUCGGCAGCUGGCAAUUCGUCCGCUGCCAGUGCCGCCGGAGCCAACAAUCAAUUAACCGCGAACGGUUCUAAUAACGGCAACGGUGGCAACCGUGGCAGCUCUGACCCUAGCAUAAAUCUCCCGAAUAAUGGCGAGAGCCAUAUAUCAAUGCUCGGCGGUCAACACCAGCAGCAGCAGCAGCAGCAAUCAUCGGCAGCAGGAUCAACGCAAAGGACGAUAGCGUCCGGCAGUGGCAGCGCCAGUGGUUCAGCGGACAACGUCAAUCAGAGGACGUCAUCUCAGCAUCACCAACAGCAACAGCAGGACGGUGCUGGCGAUGGAUUGAUAAACAACGGAAGCAACAAUAAUAGCAGCAAUGGCAGCAAUGGCAGUAGCAGCAACAAUAACAGCAACAACAACAAUAAUAAUAAUAGCAGCAAUAGCAGUGGUGUUGGUGGUCGCCAUCAUAAUCAUAUUACGGUUGAUAAUUGUGCGGUCAGUAGUGCGUCAAUGGUUAAUGGAUCGAACGGCGGAACGGCGGGUGCAGCGCCGUCGUUGGUUUUGAGUUUGUCACAGCUUCAAGGUUCACCCGGUAGCUUAUUGAUUCUGAACGGGCAGCAGCCAUCGUUUGUGUGCCAUCCUUCCCAGCAACAGCAGCAGCAACUUCAGUCCCAGCAGCUUCAUCAGCAACGUAAAGCCUCGGCUGACGCCUGCAAAGACAGCAGCAGCAGCAAUGGUAGCCUCAGUACCAGCAGCAGUAUUAAAAUGGAAAAUUCACCGUCCGAUGCUAGUCAGCAUAGCUUAAUUCCCAAGCAGGAAAUCAUGGAUUCGUCCUCCUCGCCGGCCUCGUCGCUGUCACUGAUGAGCGGGGUUCUUCACCACCAACGAUCUUCACCGAAUAGCUCGACGAAUGGUGGAUUGUUCGGAAGCUACUCGGCUAGAAGGACUCCGGCCCGGCAGGACGGCAAUGGUCAUCACGAUAAUAUACCUUUCUUCAAUGAGACGCUAGAUUUGUCGCAGGAAGAUAUUCAGAAGACGUUGAGCGCCAACAUGCCGCUUGGCCAUGGUCACCCGACUGCCGGGGUCACUGGUCAGCCGGGGGUCACACCAACCGAUGAUGCUAUGAACGGCGAAAUCAAUCCGAUGGAUUUCAUCGAGAACUGUGGCAGCCAACAGGAUACGGUCGACGAUGACGUGUUCGUUAAUCUGGAUGCAUUCGACAUGCUGGUGGAGUUUCCGGAGUUGGAGCUGGACGCUAAGAGUGGAUUUUUCAACGGCAGCGAUACCGGAACGGAAACCGGUGGCGAAGUGGAUGACGGUGCAAGCGAUUUAAGUCACUUUAAACUGUCGGCCGACAGUGGAAUCGGGCUGGGUGGCACAGUAGGACCGCACGGUGUGAACGUUUCCACAAUUACGGAUUUCAGUCCGGAGUGGGCCUAUCCGGAGGGUGGCAUCAAGGUGCUGGUGACUGGACCGUGGAGUUCCAGCUCGUCCUACACAGUAUUAUUCGAUUCGUUUCCGGUGCCAACGACGCUGGUGCAGAACGGUGUUCUGCGGUGUUACUGUCCGGCACACGAGGUGGGAGUCGUUACGUUGCAGGUCGCCAGCGAUGGCUAUGUGAUAUCCAAUGCGGUUAACUUCGAGUACAAAUCGCCGCCCAAAUUUGAGACAAAGUGCGAGGGCAACGGAAACGACAUGCUGUACAAGUUUAAUCUGCUCAAUCGGCUGGAGUCGAUCGAUGAGAAGCUGCAGAUUAAGGUAGAACCUGGAGAAUUGCCGGAAGACUCGAUCCUGUUCAAGCAGGCCAACUUUGAGGACAGGCUGGUGUCGUACUGUCAGAUGCUGACAGUUAAGAUAUGGCGUUCGGUAACUCCGGGCUCAUGGAUCGGAAAGCACCGUGGUAUGACUCUGCUGCAUCUAGCGUCCGCCCUUGGUUAUGCAAAGCUUGUGCGUACCAUGCUGACCUGGAAGGCGGAGAACUCCAAUGUGAUACUAGAAGCGGAGAUUGACGCUCUCAGUCAAGAUCAGGAUGGUUUUACUCCUCUGAUGUGGGCGUGUUCUCGAGGACACAUCGAGACCGCCAUAGUCCUUUAUAAAUGGAAUCAAACUGCGCUGAAUGUGAAGAACAACGCUCAGCAGAGUCCGCUUGAAGUGGCCAAAAGCAAGGGUUUCCUUGGACUGCUGGCCGAACUUGAAAAACAUGAAUCACUGCGUUUGCAGAGUAAAAACUCACGCGCGCCAACCAGUUCGUCAUUACCGACUCUAUCAUCUAUUACUUCAUCUUUUACUACAUCUUCCACGUCCACUUCGUCUUCUGCUGCGUCCAGCUCUGCUGGCACUUUGCCGACUUCUUCCAGUUCUAAUGCUUCCAGUUCUCUUGCAAAUAAUAGUUGUAGAUCAGCAGCGGCCGAAUCCGGCCAAGAGUCCAGUAGCAAUGCCACAACAAAUGACAGUGAUAAUCAAUCGGCGACCGGAGCUGACGCUAGUCCGGAGCAUAACUUUAUCAACGAUCUGUUCAACUAUAACGAUGCGCUUAACAGUAGCAAUAGCGAUAGCAAUAGUAACGAUAAUUUUGCACUUUCCUCCGCCUUCAAUCCGUCACUAUCGCCGGCAGCCCUGUCACCGUACGGUGAUGGCAAAAACCACGGUGGUGGUGGUGGAUCUUCCGCGCUUACCAGUAGCAAUCUUCAUUACGCACUGGAAAACAACAACUCCAAUCCGAUGCUUUCGAAUGCACUGUCACCGAACUCGGAUAGUAAUCGGAGCCAUGAUGGUGUCUUUCUGCGACCAGGAGCAGUUUUUUCAAGUGGACAAAGUCCUCCGGGAGCACGACUCUCCAAGCGUUCAUCCAUCGAUAGUGGCAUCAACAUGGAAACAAGACCAUCGCUCAACAAAGCUGGCAAGUCGUUGCGGGAUAUUCAGCGUAUGAAUAGAGCUGAUCGCAGCAUGUCUCUUCCGUUGGCUUCCGGAACCGGUGGAGGUGGCCAAUCGUCACCUUUCAAUAGCGCACAUGCUGGCGGUAAUGCUGGUAGUAAGGGAUCGUUCGGUAGCACUAAUGGGGACUCGGAGAAUUAUUCUCUGUCGAUAAACGACCGUACGACGGAGUCGCCGUCGCAGAAUUCCGGUACACUCAGCAACGCGUCCUUGCUGUCGCCGCUGCGCAAGAUGGAUUUCGCGCUGUGUGAGGUAUCGGCAGCCGAAUCGAGUCCAAUGUGCGAGGACUCCAUCGAAACGCUGCAGGAGGAAGAACGGCACCCGCAGUGCUCCUUCGGUGCUGGAUGCGGCAGCGGUACGCAUCCUCAUCACGGCCAUCAGCUGCCGGUGCACCAGCAGGAUAGCGUUGAAAUGGUCCCCGGGGGUAGUGGUGGGACCGUAGGGGAUUCGGAUGUAAAAGUACUAACGCUUGCGGAACAGAUAAUCGCUGCUAUGCCGGAGCGGAUUAAGAAUGAAUCCGAAGAAAUCAUGUCUCUGGGCAGCCCGAUGCCGGAAGCGCUCAGCGAAGACACAUCCGGGAUGAGCAUCCUGACCGAUUCGUUCAUGGAACCUCUGCUGGACUCGUUGCCCUCGUCGCAGUUCGAGGAGUUCAAUUUUGAGUUCAGUGACCAUAAUUAUCGGUAUCACGACGUUGGUACACCCUGUUCGAGUCUCAGUCCUGCUUCGUCCGGACCGCUUCAAUCCCCGGCAAGCUAUUCCAUCCCGCAGGAUCCACCAGUGAGCUCACCAAGCCCUCCACCAACGACGCAGGAUUUCACCGAAUUCCUCCAGACCACAAACUCCAAUCCGUUUGAGAAGGACUUCUCCAAUCUCAAAUUGAAUGAACGUGAGCAGCGCGAGCUGUACGAAGCGGCCAAGUGUAUCCAGAAGGCUUACCGCUCGUACAAGGGCCGCAAAAGUCGCAUGGAGGAACAGGACAAAGAACGCUCGGCGGCCGUAGUGAUCCAAAACUACUACCGUCGCUAUAAGCAGUACGCCUACUAUCGUCAGAUGACCCAAGCAGCGGUGAUUAUCCAGAACGGCUACCGUUCGUACUGCGAGAAUAAGCGCUUCAAAAAGUCCCAAUCAUCUCAGUCCGGUCAAGGGGGCCGCGGAAGCGGAGAAAGUGCCGAGGAAGCCGCCUCCUCGUCGCAGUGCAUUCAGAGCUAUUACAAUACGUACAAGAACGAACAGAAGCAGCAGCAGCAAUCGCCUCAGCAACAGCAGCAGAACAAUCAGGGCUCAUCCCUAAAGGAACCGAGUCCAUCCGGUCCGCUGAAACGAACUUACUCGCAACGAACUCAGAAUCAGGCCGCCAGGAAAAUUCAGCAAUUUAUGAGACAAUCGAAAAAUAAGCUGCAGAGAGAACGAGCCGAAAAAGAGAGGCAGGUCCACCAACGCAGGGCGGAGUACCUCCAAAGCUUGCCGUAUCCCGGGGCAGCACCGGCAGCCGCUCCGGGACCAGCACCUAUUAACAACAACGAACCACUACGGUGAACUACGGCCGGAACCGAAAAGCGUCGUCCGUCUCCUACAGGAGGACAACCCGGAGGCGGCGGCGGCAACCAGGGCGUAAUGAAUAUGAAUGAAUGAACGCAUCUUGAUAAUCAUCGUCCGUUGUUGGAGUCGGUGGAGGAAGCAGAGCAUCAGAUGGUCCGCAGAGCGUCCGAUUGCUGCAGCACCUGUUUUGAACAUUGCACGUAAAUGCAUACGUACCGAAAGCAGAGUUUUGUUAGAUUGUUUUGGUGAUUUGUUUUGUCGCACAUUCUGUUUCGUGAAAAUGUGAAAAUCAAUUUGUUGCCAGCGCAGCUGUGUUAAACUUGUUAUUUUGGUAGGAAUAAUUUUGGUUUGGCCCAUGGUUGGAUUCAAUGAAAUGUUUCAUGCGUUACGAUAUUUGCGUGAAAACUUGCAAGCAAGUUUUUUCCGAGCUUAGCACUAGCGUGCAAUCUUUUGUUUAUUACUUACUUUAUCAUAUUUUUCAGCUUUUUAAAGAUAACACACAGCAAAAUGUUGCAUUGUGCAAUAUUACGAAUAGGGAGAGUUGAAUGAAAUAUUAAACUUACGGGAAAGUUUGUUACGAAUGGGAAUGUUGAUUGAUAAUCAGAUACCUGACUCUUUACUAUAUACGAUCGAGAAGUAAAAACCUAGCUGAAAUGAACAUAAGCAAAUUGUGAUUGAUGAUUUUUCUUUUUCAUUUUAUGUAACUAAAUCGUACUUCUUAGAGCUCCGAUGUAAGUCAAACAUUUAGAUAGAGUAGUAGUUGCAACAAACCAGAGAGAGAGACAAAGUAAAUUUACUGAGGCAGAAUUUUGCAAAUAAACAAAAAAAAAUAUUUUUAUUAAUAGUUGAGAAGGUAAAACAAUAUUUAUAGAAAGAUACUUUUUUAUUGUAAAAACAUAGAGAGUUAAAUAUCAAAGGAGAGUAGAAACAAAUCGAGAUACUUAUUUAGAUGGAACGAGCAUAAAAAUGAGCAUAUAGUGAAGAGAAAAGAGGAGGGGAAAAUUAGCGAUUGCAUCAUCAUCAGCGAUGAUCGUCGGAAGCAAAACAAAAAAAAGAUGCGGGCACCGAUCGAAUCACAACAAGGUCGUCGAUAAUAAUAAUAAACUAAAGCUUUAUAGCUUUUCAAACGUUGCCGUGGUUUAUUGUAGGCCUCGCAAAAGUAACGGCGAUUUUUUCGUUGUUGUACUAGAUCAAUAAGGCGUGGAAAAGGCAUUAAAGAUUUUCUAUUUCGGUUAACACUUUAAUUUAUUCCUAAUUGGGGCCACCGGUACGGGUGGCCAUGUGAGGGUAUAUGUACAUAAGACAAACAAACAAAAAUCAACUGGCGACAGUUGACCCUCGGAAACGGAUUUUAGUGGAAGGACGUUCAGUUUUACUUUACUCUUUGACUGUUACUUAUGUUGUUCUUGUAAUAGUAUAUGAAAUCUAGAUUACAAACAAAUGAAACUAUUGUAAAAAUGCAGAUUAUACAGUAAAAAAAUAUUUAUCACUUCGUAGGUUAAACAUUUGACGAGAAACAAAAAAAACUUGAUAGCUUGGAUUGUUGAUUCGCUUCACGGAAGCUGAGAAUCGCAAAAGCAUUCACACACACAUACACACACUUGUCAUACUAAUUUAUUUACUAGAAGACGUGCGUCCAUCUUAUGACUUUGAAGACUUGUAAGAGAUUAAAAAUUGUAGGGCAAAUCCAUACACAAAAAUAUUCAUAAAUAUUUCUAUGAAGCAAAACAUUUACUAUAUCUAUUUUACUCUACACACUAACAAAACCGAUUAAACUGCGCAUCCCCAACUCUAGAACUUUGAUAGAUGAAAAUGAUAGGUCGAACAAAUAUUUGAGGAAACUUCUACUAUACUAAAAACCCAUUUGAAACGCAUAAUCUUUAAAGAAAAUUUUCCAAUUUAAAGUAAUGAAUUUCAUAUAGAGGAAAGAUAAAAGAUAAAACUCAUUUAAUCCAAACAUCUUCGCAUUCGCAUUACCUAUAAAUUACGGUUAUUUAAAACAAGUAAGCCAGUGAUUGUAAAAUCAGUAAACUAAAGGUCAUUUUUCGAAAUAAUAUUUGCUAUCAUACAAUUCUAGCAAAAAAAACAUUGCAUGAGAUAAUCUAGAAUAGAGUUAUAAGCAUGCUGCAAAUAAGGUGAAAAGAUAACGAGAAAGUAACCGAGACAAAAAAAAAAGAAUUCAAAUUACAUUACGUUGAUCACAACUUUUCUCUUUACACUACAGAAUUACUACACAUACACACAGUAACAUAACGUUUAAGCUUCUUACACCAAGACUUUUUGAAAGCAAUCUCCUGUAAAAAAGAAAAGAAAAACGAAACAAACACACAUCUAGCCUAAAACGGAUAUCAACUGCUAUAAUACCAUUCGGUUUCAUCCCUCAAAUCAAGUGAGAAAUGCCGAUUAAGUCUAGUUUCCUAGUUCUAACAAAAGAAAAUCGUUCGUUUUUCUACAAAAACUUUUUCACUAUGGUGCACUUGAUAUAACGAAAUGUUGAAACAUGGUCGGAAAGGAUAAAGCUUUAAUAAACCUACUAAACAAAACUAACAAACAAACAACCAACCAACCAAAACUUAAACUCUCGCUUUAAAACCAUUUAUCUACCUAAACUGACACGCAUUGCAUUGAAUUGCCAUUGGGAUGAGCAAGAUUUUCAACACACUUUCCAACACUUAAUUCCACUUUUAGCUUACCUCUUAACUGAUAAACAGAAAACUGAUGUUGAAAAAUUUCUUUCCGGCCAACGGGCCAACCCCCUGUGGCUUGUAAUCCGGAAUUUGUCCCUUCACUUCCACUUCCACUGCAUUUUUUCCAAUCAUUCAUCAAUCAAUUCGCCGUUGUUUGUGCAGUCGUCUCGCGGUAGCGUUUUCGGCACUUGCACGACCUCGUUACGAACGAAAGAACAGAUCUAAUUUCUUCCAGUUUUUUAUCUCCUAAAACUACUAGCUGUAACUAACUAAACUACUAACUACCUACUAGUGAUAAAACAGGCACUUGCGCGGGUCUGUGUGUGUACACUAAAUUUGUAUAGAGGCAAACACUUUGUACAGGGGUCAAACCGUGCACCACGCGUACCAAGGAUGUGCGUCCCCUGAUGUAAUUGUUAUUAUACUUGAUGCAAAAUCUUUAUUACACAUUGGUGUCACUCCGAUUGGUUGUGCUUUAUGGUUAGGUUGUAGAGCAAGUAAUUCAACGUGCGAUUUUGGCACUUAAUUAUGUUAAUUUUCUUAUGGUAAAAACAUUAUUGAUUGGUUAUAGGUAAUGCCGGUUUUCGUUACUGUUAUUUUGUUUCAGAACUGUACGGACGUUUUACAUACUUUGUCGUAUUAUAUUAGAUUGACUACAUUCGAAUGUUAUCUAUUUGCUGUUGGAAUAAAAAAGCACAUGAAUGCCAGAUUUUGAACAU